CCCCUGGCAGGGUCACUCGACCCCCAGGGGCUCUAGCUCACUUGACGCGAGUUCUUAAAACAGGGACAUUGGACGAGAAGCUCAUUCCCUCUCCCCUUUGUGAGCAGAGAGCAAAAUCAUGGAGCCUCCCAAGCCCUUCAUGAGACAGCCGCCGAUCACACCAGGCUACAGCGGAUUCAUCCCGUACCUGAGCUGCGAGGGCACGGCUGCUGAGGACCAUGGGGCCCGGUGCGUGCUGGCCUUCCAGGAGAAGACGCAGCGCUACAAAGACCAGCUGGAGGAGCUGCGCUGCUCCGUGGCCACCGCCCCGAGGCUGAAGCCCAUCUGCUCCGAGGAGACGGUCCUGCGGGCACUGCACGAGUACGAACGGCAGCACCACCCCCUCAAUCUGGAAUGCAAAGUGAUGAAGAAACCUCUCCAGGAGCCCCCGAUGCCCGGCUGGUCCGGCUACCUGCCGAGAGCCAGGGUCACCGAGUUAGGCUGUGCCACGAGGUACACCGUUAUGGCCAGAAACUGCUACAGGGACUUCCUGGCCAUCCUGGAGCAAGCCGAGAGAGUACGCCUGAAGCCGUACGAGGAAAUAUAUGGAGUUAGGUCCGCGCAGCCUCCUCCUGCUCCUCCAAGAGAUUUGCACUGUGAAGAGUUGCUGCCAAAAUAUCCGGACUUUUCUGUUCCAGAUGGAAGCUGUCCCAUCCUUACAAAUCCCCUGAGAGACGACCCCAGACCUCCGGCGUCGUCUGGCAGUGUUCCGACGCCAUGCAGCGGCGAGGUUUAUCUGGACCCCCUCUCCUCCGCCAAGGAUGCAGAAGGCUAAUGCGGAGAGCCUCCUAAGGAGCUGACCUGUAGGGGGCGCUCCAAAGCUCGCCAUUCUCACGAGAGCAUCAGCCCAUCACCACCCACACCCCAAGAGGCACUAAGGACAUUUCCUAACUUAAGAAUUUUUUUUUUCACGGACACCAGCACCCUAGCUGGUUAGCAAUAGCAUGUCAUGAAUGAGAAAGACCUUUUAUUGUCCUGUGGGAAUAAAGAGGAUACUUCUCAGCUUG